GACUCUGACUCUGGGGACCUGAUGGGUCUAAUGCUUGCAGCCGGGUUCCGCUCCUCCAUAAACUUCAACUCCAGAGGUCACUUUUCUCUCUCUCGUCUAGCACGUCUAAGCUGUUUCGCCUCGAUGCAUGUACACGCAGCCCUUUGUCUCCUAGACACAUGCACACACCCUGGCUAGCUUCUCCCUUUUGCAAAACUUGAAAUGUUUGAUUCCCCGAGAUCUCAGGAUGUACCUCCGGUUGACAGGACCUUGUGGGGAGCCGCUCUGCUCUCAUACUCGAUCUCGUUCAUGUAUAUAAACUCCCGUCUCAUCCACCUCUAAUGCAAGAUCUUUCCUUUGAUCCAACGCACACUCUCUUGUGAGAUUCCUUCCUUUUAUCCAACAUCUUCACACAUUCACUCGGCUGGCCGUCGCUCCAGACCUUGAUCUGAGAUCAGUCCUUACAAACACAAACACACUCAACUUGCCCAUUCAUUCUCUCUCUCCGCCGUGCGUUGAGAUAUAAACAAGUCGAGCCAGUCUCCAGAAUAACUACACACAACUUCCAAAGUAUAUAAAAAGUCAACAACUUUUUCUCUACAACACCGUCAACAUGUUCUCCAAGUUCACCACCAUCCUCGCUGCUGCUUCUGCUGCCCUGGUCUCUGCCGGCCCUCUCCCCCGUGGUGAGUCCGGCUCUGCCAGCAUCACCCCCCACGACCAGUACUCCAGCAGCAUUGGAGUCCUCGGCUGCAAGAUCAACACCAACCGCGUCGCCUACUGGCCCGGUUCCGUUGACUGCAACAACAUCUGCGUCAAGGUCUCCCACGAGGGCCGCUCCGUCUAUCUCCUCAAGAUCGACUCCUCCGGCGGUGCUCACGACAUCUCCUACGAUGCCUGGAACUACCUUGGCUUCGGCGAGUCUGCCACCAAGGACCCCCAGCAGGGCGGUGGCAUCGCCAUGGACUACGAGUACGUCCACGCCUCCAAGUGCAAGGACAUCCUCGACAAGGGCAAGCUUCCCCUCGCCGCCGCCAACUCCAUGGGCUACGUCGCCUCUUGCCUCAGCGAGCCCAAGAGCUGGGUCGCCCAGAACUACGUGCUCUAUAACAUCAACGACCCCGUCUGCAAGUACGGUGUUAACGAGAAGUGCCACCUUAACCUUGCCGUCAGCAACCAGCCCGAGUGCCCCAGCGGUCUCGGCUCCACCAAGGACCUCAACCUCAAGGUCGAGAACAUCCUCUACGGCUCUGGCAAGAAGGUCGCUGCUCAGUAGAUGACAACGCAUGUCUUAUGUCUUACAUGCUAUGAUGAUCACAAUAGAAAAUCGCCGCCCUAGCAGAUAGAUGCAGGGGGCGUAUCACUCGCUACGACUGAUAUGAAACUUUUGGACGAUACACAGGAUACAGGAAGGAAAAUAUGUUUUUGUUUUACAUUCACUUCUCAUGUACAUACUUGAUGAAAUGUCAAUACAUUACCAUCUACCUCA